AUGAGUCUGUUCUCAUGCUUCCCGAUCUCCAGUGGCUCAAGCUUUGAAGAAGCCAGAGGUGGUCGCCUGAGUCACUGCUGGAGACAUGUGGUACGCUCCUUGACACGCUUCUGGCAUGUUUCCCACUGGGAGGCCAAGAGCGAAAGGGAGCGAGCCUUCCUGCAUGGCAUCCCCAUGCUCAGCAACAAUGGCGCCGACUAUGUGGAACAGAUGAUUUGCUAUUUGCCCACCGCUGUGCAGAGGGAUGAUAGGGUAUCCCUCUGCCUCUUUCUGGCCCUUUAUCCAAAGUUUGCGACCACCUGGGAGGUUCUGGACCUGAUUCUGAAAAGGUAUGGAACCUUCAGGCCUGACGAUGCAGAAAACCAGCAGACAAAAACCGCCAUCUUCUCAUUCCUGUCCCAGUGGCUGCAGAAAUUCCCCCAGGAUUUCUGUGGGGCCCCAGACCUGGCCGUCGUGAGGCGGCUGCUGGACUAUGCCAGGAUCCAUGUGCCCACCGCAGAGGUGGACUGCCAGGCCGGGGAGAUCCUCCGGGCAUUGGAGGAGCAGGAGGGCAAGAGACUGAAGCCUGGGGAGAAGGAGGAGGAGGAGGGUGAGGAGCCCGGUCUGGGAGACGCCCGGUGA